AGCGGCCACCGCUUCUGCGGCUUUAAGGGAGCUGCCGAGUCCAGGCUGUGUCGCAGCAACUUUGUAUCAGUCAUGUCGCCCUCCUGGUGACUGACAGCCGGAAUUGCCCAAUGAGAAGCCAGCCUGACCCGUGCAGCGUGGAGACUCGCUUCCCUCCGGGCCAAUGGGAAGGGCCCAGGGAGGCGGGAUAGCAACCUGAACUUUUUAUCUGGACAUGUGACCGGCUUUUAAAAGGGCCGGCCCUGGAGCUGGCCCACUCCCCCUCCGGGCUUUCGCCCGCCCUCUCGAGCUCUCUCACUCCCUACUUCGCCCGCCCUGGCCCUACCCGUGCCCCUCCUCUCCGCCCCUCCGCGCCCGGGGUGUCAUUGGACUGGGAAGACGUAAGCCAACUUCAGGCCGCUCGGAGGAAACGCGUGCAGUCACCUGGGUGCAAGAGCGUUGCUGCCUCGGACUCUCCCGCUGCAGGGAGAGCGGCACUCGCUGGCCUGGAUGUUGUUGGAUUUAGGGGGGCUCCGCAGCAGGAGUGUCGUGGCGUUGGCAAGCGCUGCAACAGGUAGACGCCGUGAGACGGACCCUGGCCGAGGCAGCUAUGGAAACCAAAGGCUACCACAGUCUCCCUGAAGGUCUAGAUAUGGAAAGACGGUGGGGUCAAGCUUCUCAGGCUGCGGAGCAUUCUUCCUCGGGACCUACAGAGCGGACCGAUGAGAAUAACUACAUGGAGGUCGUCAACAUAAGCUGUGUUUCCGGUGCUAUUCCAAACAACAGUACUCAAGGAAGCAGCAAAGAAAAACAGGAACUACUCCCUUGCCUUCAGCAAGACAAUAAUCGGUCUGGGAUUUUACCAUCUGAUAUUAAAACCGAGCUGGAAUCUAAGGAACUUUCGGCAACCGUGGCUGAGUCCAUGGGCUUAUACAUGGAUUCUGUAAGAGAGGCCGACUAUGCCUAUGAUCAGCAGAACCCACAAGGAAGCGCGAGUCCAGCAAAGAUCUACCCACACGUCGAACAGAUGGUGAAAUUUUAUAAAGAAAAUGGCCACCGUCCCUCCACUCUGGGGAACGUGAGCAGGCCCUUGAGGUCCUUCAUGGCUGACUCGGGGAGCUCCGAGAACGGCGGGGUCAUGCGCACCAUGGUGAAGAGCCCCAUCCUGUGUCACGAGAAGAGCCCCUCUGUUUGCAGCCCUCUGAAUAUGUCAUCUUCGGGUUGCAGCCCUGCCGGCAUCAGCUGUGUGUCCUCCACCUCGGCUAGCUUUGGCAGUUUCGCAGUGCACAGCCCCAUCGCCCAGGGCACUCCUCUGCCGUGCUCCCCUAAUGUGGAGAAUCGGGGUUCCAGGUCACACAGCCCAGCCCACGCCAGCAACGUGGGCUCUCCUCUCUCCAGUCCGUUGAGUAGCAUGAAAUCCCCCAUUUCCAGCCCCCCGAGUCACUGCAGUGUAAAAUCGCCAGUCUCCAGUCCUAAUAACGUCCUUCUGCGAUCCUGUGUAUCCAGCCCGGCAAAUAUCAACAACUCAAGGUGCUCUGUUUCCAGCCCUUCCAACACAAAUAACAGAUCCACACUGUCCAGCCCCACUGCUAGUACCGUGGGAUCUAUCUGUAGCCCGGGAAGCAACGCCUUCAGCUACACUGCUUCGGGCACCCCGGCUGGAUCCAGUGCAGCCCGGGAUGCGGUUCCUAGUCCAGACACACACGAGAAAGGUGCUCAUGAGCUUCCCUUUCCUAAGACUGAGGAGGCAGAGAGUGCAGUCUCCAAUGGUGUGACUGGCCAGCUUAACAUCAUCCAGUACAUAAAGCCGGAGCCAGAUGGAGCUUUUAGCAGCUCGUGUCUAGGAGGAAAUAGCAAAAUAAAUUCUGAUUCCCCAUUCUCAGUACCAAUAAAACAAGAAUCAACCAAGCAUUCGUGUUCGGGCACCUCUUUUAAAGGGAAUCCAGCCGUCAACCCCUUUCCAUUCAUGGAUGGCUCAUAUUUUUCCUUUAUGGAUGAUAAAGACUAUUAUUCUCUAUCAGGAAUUUUAGGACCACCUGUGCCCGGCUUCGAUGGUAACUGUGAAGGCAGUGGCUUCCCAAUGGGGAUAAAACAAGAACCGGAUGAUGGGAGCUAUUACCCGGAGGCCAGCAUCCCUUCAUCUGCCAUUGUUGGUGUGAAUUCAGGUGGACAGUCCUUUCACUACAGGAUUGGUGCUCAAGGUACAAUAUCUUUAUCACGAUCAGCUAGAGACCAAUCUUUCCAACACUUGAGCUCCUUUCCUCCCAUCAAUACUUUAGUGGAGUCGUGGAAAUCACACGGUGACCUGUCAUCUAGAAGUGAUGGAUAUCCGGUCCUAGAGUACAUUCCAGAAAAUGUAUCAAGCUCUACUUUACGAAGUGUUUCCACUGGAUCCUCAAGACCUUCCAAAAUAUGUUUGGUGUGUGGGGAUGAGGCUUCAGGAUGUCACUAUGGUGUAGUGACCUGUGGCAGCUGCAAAGUGUUCUUCAAAAGAGCAGUGGAAGGGCAACACAACUAUUUAUGUGCUGGAAGAAAUGAUUGCAUAAUUGAUAAGAUUCGACGGAAGAAUUGUCCUGCCUGCAGACUUCAGAAGUGUCUUCAAGCUGGAAUGAAUUUAGGAGCUCGAAAGUCCAAGAAGUUGGGGAAGUUAAAAGGGAUUCACGAGGAACAGUCACAGCAGCCUCCACCUCCCCCCCCACAGAGCCCAGAGGAAGGAACUACGUACAUCGCUCCUGCGCAAGAGCCGUCCGUCAACUCAGCGCUGGUUCCUCAACUCUCCACAAUUUCCCGAGCGCUCACACCUUCCCCUUCCAUGGUCCUUGAAACCAUCGAACCCGAGAUUGUGUAUGCAGGCUAUGACAACUCCAAACCAGAUACAGCCGAAAAUCUGCUCUCCACCCUAAACCGCUUAGCAGGCAAACAGAUGAUCCAAGUCGUGAAGUGGGCGAAGGUAAUUCCAGGAUUUAAAAACCUGCCUCUCGAGGACCAAAUUACCCUCAUCCAGUAUUCUUGGAUGUGUCUGUCAUCAUUUGCCUUGAGCUGGAGAUCGUACAAACAUACGAACAGCCAAUUUCUCUAUUUUGCACCAGACCUAGUCUUUAAUGAAGAGAAGAUGCACCAGUCUGCCAUGUAUGAGCUUUGCCAGGGGAUGCACCAGAUCAGCCUUCAGUUUGUCCGGCUGCAGCUCACCUUUGAGGAAUACACCGUCAUGAAAGUGUUGCUGCUGCUGAGCACAAUUCCAAAGGAUGGCCUCAAAAGCCAGGCUGCGUUUGAAGAAAUGAGGACAAAUUACAUCAAAGAACUGAGGAAGAUGGUAACGAAGUGUCCCAACAAUUCCGGGCAGAGCUGGCAGAGGUUCUACCAACUGACCAAGCUUCUGGACUCCAUGCAUGAUCUGGUGAGCGACUUGCUGGAAUUUUGCUUCUAUACCUUCCGGGAGUCCCAGGCCCUGAAAGUGGAGUUCCCAGCGAUGCUGGUGGAGAUCAUCAGUGACCAGCUGCCGAAGGUGGAGUCCGGGAACGCUAAGACCCUUUACUUUCACAGGAAGUGACGGGAGACAUCUCACCAGAAGAACUUUGCCUUAAGUUUCCCCGUGUUACUACACACCCACGAAGGACCCAAGAAAAUCGUAUUUUUGACACGUGAUGGUUGAUUCCCACUUGUUCAGCAGUUGCUCAAGUUGAAAAUCAUGUCAAGGGUUGGGAGGCAGGCGGGCAGGGUGACGUGGAUUUGGCGAGACCUGCAUAGUCUGAAAGGUUCUUCCCUCUCCAACCCCCAGCACUUAGAAACACGUUCCUGUUCCUCUGGAUGAAAAGCCAUAUCUAGUCAAUAACUCUCUGAUUUUGAUAUUUUAACAGAUGGAAGUUUUAACUAUGCCAUGUAGUUUCUGGGAUCGUUCGCUUGUUUUAAAAGGGUUCAAGGACUAACGAACUUUUUCAAGCUCACCCUUGGUUUGCACAUAAAGCGUAUAGUCAAUAUGGGGCAUUAAUAUUCUUUCGUUAUUUAAAAAAACAAAAAACACAAAAAAAUAUAUACAGAUUCCUGUUGUGUAAUAACGGAGCACGUGGACUGGACUAGCGACCCCCUUGGGGGCAUUGCUUCGCCCACGUCUUUCUGCAUCACUGGUAUCCACACCCUCUAGCCUCCAUUUAUUAUUUAAUUAGAACUGAUAAGAUGUUCAAACAAAUGCCUUGGUUUCAAUUUCUAGUAUCUAUUGUGUUGGCUUUACCAAUAAUUUUUGCAGUCUUUUGCUGUGCUGUACAUUACUGUAUGUAUAAAUUGUGAAGGACCUAAACUAAGGUAUAAGGAACUUUUGUAAAUGAGACACAUACAAAAAAAAAAAAAAAACUUUAAUGGUUAAUAGGAUGAAUGGGAAAGUAUUUUUGAAAGAAUUCUAUUUUGCUGGAGACUAUUUAAGUACUAUCUUUGUCUAAACCAACAAGGUAAAAAAAAAAAUUUUUUUUUUUUGUAAAGUGAAACGUUCUGCAUGCAUCAUGAACCGUUUACAGUGUAUUUAAGAAAGGGAAAGCUGUGCCUUUUUUUAGCUUCAUAUCUAAUUUACCAUUUUACAGUCUCUGUUGUAAAUAACCACACUUAAACCUCUUCGGUUGUCUUUAAGCCUUUCUACUUCUUCUGUACUUUCGUUUCGUCCUUGGUCUGCCGCUUGGGGUGUUCGUGGGACUUGAGCACGUUUUCCGGCUUCGGCUCCAUCCUCCUUCCACUGGGGACGGCGCGCUGUGGUGUCUGCAGCUCCAUGAAGGCAUCAUUCGAUGACACCCUCCCUGAGAGGAUGUCCGGGGAGUGCAGCAGCUCUAGGAAAGCUGCCUCUUUUCCAUUUUCCUCAAGAAGCAGAAUCAGCUUUAGGGGAGAGAGAGACUGGAAAUGCGAUGGCUCAGAGAGCGUAUCCUCAUCCCAUUUUAGAAAAUCGAAUUUUCUCCUUUGGGGGGAAAGGAAUUCCAUGCACGCGCUACGUCCGCAAAAGGUGAAAUGUUCGCUUCUGGUCUCAGAAGGGGUUGUUGCACUCCUGGCACUGGUCAUGGGAACACGGAGGUCAUGGCAGGAGGCACUGGGAAGGUGUGUGUGGGCACAGCACGGUUCAGUCAGAACGGCGAGGAGACUGCACGAUGAUUAGAGGGUUUUUAGAUUUUUAAAAGGUAGGUUUUAAAAAUGAAUUUUAUAUGUAAACAGUUUUGGAAAAAAAAAAAAAAAACUACAGAUCAUAUAAGCAAGACAGUGGCACUAAAAUUUUUAAUUCACUAAUCUGUUUGGCACUGAUGCAAUUUAUGGCUUUUUCUCUUGCCCCAAAUCACAAACAUGUAUAUCUUUGGGGAAACUUAACAAUAUGAUUGCACUAAAUACUUUGAAUAGAACUUUGAAUAGAGGCCAAAAUUAAUCUUGUAAAAGUGAUGAUAAUCAUCAGGUACUCAGUGAAAUCGUAUUCUUUUCCAAAACCUAAAAGCUGUAGCUGGAGAAGCCCAAGGCCGGGAGAUGGCAGCGUUGGGAUCAACACUUUUCUCCAGGGUUCACCAUGCAGGCAACAUUACCAUGUCUUUCAGAAGACACCUGCCUUGUGCAAGGGGGAACCUGCGAAAGCUGCACUCAGCGGGAGGAGUUUCUCUUACAUAAUUUGCAGUUUCAAGAAUUUAAUUUUUAUGCAGAUCUUUAAAUACAGUCAACUUACAUGCACAGCAAUAUGAAAGCCACACUUGGAAGGUGAUAAAUACACAGCAUGCAGACUGGGAGUUUCUAGAAAAGAAAUGGCUUCACAAGAGCAGCUUUUAGCUCAGACUGACUUUUGAUGAAAUCGGAAUCUUGACGUAACCAGGUUUGGGGAUGGAGACGGUCUGCAUCGGCUUUUCGUAUUAACGAAGUUACUGGCUCUUUGUGUGUCUCCAGGUAACUUUGCUUGAUUAAACAGCAAAGCCAUAUUCUAAAUCCACUGUUGAAUGCCUGUCCCAGUCCAAAUUGUCUCUUAUUUUUGUACCAUAUUGCUCUUAAAAAUCUUGGUUUGGUACAAUUCAUAAUUCACCAAAACUUCUUCAUAUAAUUAAAAAAGACACUAAAUUAGUUUAAAAUGAAGCAAUUUAUAUCUUUAUGCAAAAACAUAUGUCUGUCUUUGCAAAGGACUGUAAGCAGAUUACAAUAAAUCCUUUACUUUAA